AUGCAUCCAUCUUUCUUCUUCCACGUGAAGCUCGAGCUCUACCCUACCCGUGCAGCGAACAGCGAGCGACCCAAGAACGGUAGUAAAAGGCUCUCCACAGGCAGCAGCAGCAAGACCAUCUUUGUCCCUCCACAAGGCACCGACAUCUUCAAGGCAAACCUCCCCGCGCACAAGACCAGCGAGUGGACAAGCUAUAGCUUCUCUCGAGAUUCACCACAGGGUAGCAUAUCUGGACACAAUCAGCGCAACGAACCACUGUCGCCUGAGGAUCAAUUCCGCCGCCAGAAACACUUCAACACCUCCCCCGAGACCAAUCGAGACUCCCACGGGGAUGCGCUACUGCUGCCCGAGCGGAGCCAGCAGUUGAGAAGAGACGUGCCUGCAUCACCGCGGACGACACCUACCGUGAGGCACUCGAACGAGGCGGCCGCGAGGGACUGGCGUUACGACGCGGUAGAGAUUGAGAGUAUCGAUAUGGAGAGUCGCAGGGACAAGAGCGGAGCGGGUGGGGGACUACACACCAAGGCUGUCUUUCUACCCUCUGAUCCAAAGACAACAGACGUCGGUUGGGGUGUUGUGCAUCUGUACCGUGAUGCGGAGGAGUCAGCCCUGCUAGAGGAUGCCACUGCAUUGCGGAAGCAAGUUGCGGGCAAGGAGGACGUCCUCAAGGAGGAAGACUGCACAACACUUUGCAUUCUCGCCGUGCCGUCUUGGAUGAUGCCAUCGGAUUUGCUUGGAUUCGUUGGCGACGAGGCCCGCGAGGACGUGAUCCAUUUMCGCCUGAUCAGGACGGGGAGGGCAAACAAGUACCUGGUGCUCAUGAAGUUCCGCUCGGCGAGAAAGGCCAAGGAGUGGCAGAAGCUCUACAAUGGGCGUCUCUUCAGCUCAGCCGAACCAGAGAAUUGCCAUGUUGUUUUCAUCAAAAGCGUGGAGUUCCUCUCUCCCAACUCCAACGCCGACGGCUCCGGCUCUCACAUUGAAGCAGGCGCCGCAGCGAACUUUCCAUACAAUACGAACGAUCCUUUUACACCUGUGCAGUCACAUGGGAUCAGCAAGGGCCAAAGCAUUUCCAGCACCAAGCCAUUGGCACCACCUCCGCCCAACCUCUUAGAACUACCUACAUGUCCGGUGUGUCUCGAGCGCAUGGACGAAACCACCGGCCUCCUCACUAUUCUCUGUCAGCACGUCUUCCAUUGCGCUUGUUUGGAGAAGUGGCGCGGAAGCGGUUGUCCUGUCUGUCGGUACACGCACUCUCCAUCAUACACAUUUCCUUAUCCUCGACCACAUGGAGGUGAAGGCGAGGAUGGGAAUCCCCUCUGCUCUGCUUGCGCGGGAACUAACAACUUGUGGGUGUGCUUGGUAUGCGGGAAUGUUGGUUGCGGUCGCUACGAUUCUGCACAUGCAUACGCACAUUACGAACAGACAAGCCACUGCUAUGCCAUGGACAUCAAUACGCAGCAUGUCUGGGACUACGCUGGAGAUGGAUACGUUCACAGACUCAUCCAGUCAAAGCCGUCCAUGUCGAAUAAUGUGCAUGAAACGGGGGGUAAAGGCGGUGCAGUGGAUCUUCCUCUACGCCACCGGCACGCAAAUGAGGCUUUCCGCGCGGAAGGAGGUGAUUCGGUUCCACGAGAGAAGAUGGAAAACAUGGCGACGGAAUACACGUAUCUCCUGACCUCACAGCUUGAGGGACAACGCCGAUACUUCGAAGAGCAAGUGGAGCGGGCGGUGGACAAAGCCAGUCAAGCAUCCGCUCGUGCUGAUGAAGCCGCCGCGUCUGCCCUUGCUGCCAAUGCAGAACUCAGCACUGCUCGAUCGGAGCGGGAGAGCGUAUUGGCUGCUUUGACAAAGUUGGAAAAAGCAUUCGAGAAGAGUGAGAAGACAAAAGGAAAGUUCGAGACCAUGGCAAGGGACAUGAGUGGGCAGUUGAGAGAGGAAAAGAUGUUGAACGAAGGCUUGAUGAAGAGGAUUCGAGCUGCGGAAACACAGGCAGAACAGGCCAUGAAGGCCGCCGAAGUCGCUCAGAAUGAGAAGAAGGAGCUGGAGGAGAUGAAUCAUGACCUGACAAUGUUCAUUUCUUCCCAGGAGAAGGUCAAAGAACUCCAAGCGCAGGGUGAGGAAGUGGUGGAUGGCAGCGUUAGUGUCCCCGAUCCUCCAGCAAAGAGGGGAAAGGGGAAAGGUCGGAAGAAGUGA